AUGAGUUCAAGUCACCAAGAGGCUUUAAAGACCAGAUUAUUCCAACUGGAAUGUCACUUUACGUGGUCUUUGAAUGAGGAGAACAUUGAUCUCACAAACCUACUGAACAGACUUGAAGAACAGAUUGAACUGGAGUUAGGGAAGGAGCGGAGGGUUGUGCGGUCUUACAACCUAUUUGCGUACGUGAAGUAUCUUUUCGGGGAUCUAGAGGAUGCCCUCAUAAAUCUACUUAAAUCAGAGAAACUUGCAAAACUGCACUAUGAGAAAAAUUAUGAGAAGGUACUGAUCGUCAACUAUGGAAACCUUGCCUGGUUACACUAUCACAAGGAAAAUUAUACUGAGUGUGAGAAGUACUUGAGGGUCCUGGAAGCGAUAGAGCAAAAGCUUUCCUUAGAGUCUCCUUCAGGUCUCCAUCCUGAAGUCCUGAGGGAAAAGGGCUGGUCUUUCCUCAAGAUCUCAAGCAAAUUCUACAAUGGUGCAAAAGAGUGCUUCAGAGAGGCCCUGGAGGUUGAGCCAGAUGACAGUGAUUUGAAUGCGGGCUAUGCCAUUGCACUGUAUCGCACAAACUCUGAGAAAACAAGCACCGUAAACUCACAAACAGUAUCGCAACUGAGACGUGCCAUACAACUGAACCCACAUGAUGCUGUCCUUUUAGUUUUAUUAAGCAUAAAACUGUCAGCCAAUACAAAAGAGAAACUAACAGAAUCUCACGAAUCUUUGCGUUUGGUGGAGAUGGCGCUGAAGAUAGAUCCUGACAAUCCUCACGUGAUACGAUAUGUGGCUACGUUCUGUCGUCAGCAGGGAGCGUUGGAUGCAGCCAUUAAACUGCUGGAGAGAACACUGUUGAGCACUCCCAAUUCAGCUUUCAUACACCAUCAGUUAGCUCUGUGCUACAAAGGGAAAAAAAAAAUCUUGGAAAAUGAACGCAAACAGAGCGAUGAAGACUACACUGGGGAAAUCGAAGAGUGCCUCACGAGGUGCAUCUUUCAUUUGGAGAAGGCAGUUUCUCUAAAAUCUUCAUUUGUUAUUGCCAAGACAGAACUAGCAUUCCAAUAUGGUCAAGCCAGGGAUAUCGUAAAAGCAGAGGUGUUGUUUCAGGAGGCAUUCGGAUUAGCUGAGAAGCAAAAUGAGCAUGUGGCCAAAGUUCAUCAUUCCUUUGGUUUGUUCCAACAAUACUUUAAAAGAGACGAGUCCUUAGCCAUCAGACACUUCAUGGAAGGUUUCAGACUGCAGAGAGAACCAAGUGAGGGGAAACUUUGUAUUGACAGCCUGAGCAGGAUUGCUCGCUCACGUGCCCAUGUAAACCCUAAUGAUGGUAAAGCGUUUGACAUAAAGGGAUACCUACACGAAAUUAAGGGUGAGAAGGAAAAGGCAUUAGAGUGUUAUGAGAAAGCCCUGAAGUAUGGAGUUUAUCCAGAAGAACGACCACAUAACACAGACACAAGGAUUUGGUCAAUGAGUUUAAGAGGAGCUGGUAAAAUUGCAGGAAACGCCCUCCUCGGCAAGGCUGGCUUUGAUGAAAGAGUAAGCUGUGGCGAUGGGGGGCUAAAAAUUCUCGAGGGAAUUAUCAGCGGGAAAGUUGUCAGAAUCGUUGAUAUUGACCUCAGCACUGCAGAGAAAAGUCUGAAAUGCGAAAAAUCUGUUCUUCAUCCUGGACCUCACGUGGUUUUACUGGUCUUUUCACUGCAACGUGACCAAUUCACAGAGGAUACCAAAAACAUCUUAGAAGGUCUGGAGUUCCUUGGAGGAAGAUUGUGGAUGCACGCCAUUGUAGUAUUUACUUGUGGAGAAGCUCUUUGCGGUGCAUUCAUCGAGGAAUUCAUACUAAAAGGGGGGCCAAUGCUGGAGUGGCUUCUGGAAAAAUGCAACAACAGAUAUCACGUUCUCGACAGUAAGCCCAGUGAUUCGCAGGUCAGCACGCUUGUUGAGAAGAUACACGGUCUGAUCUCAGAACAGGGGAUACAUCUUGUGAUCUCAGAGAUUUCAGAAAGACAUUCUGAGGUGUCGUUGAGGAUGUCUGGAGUAAGUUAG